AUGACUCGCUUCGAGGAUUCCGACCUCGCAGUCGAUCCGGCUUCCCAGGAUCCCCGCGCCCAGGAUCCCCAGGGUGCUCUCUCUCCCCGGGACCAGCGUGCUGCUUCCGGCCUCGCCAUCCCAUCGGCAAGCGGUAACACCGUCGAGAUCCCCGCCACCCGCAGCGCCAUCAGUGAUGCCGCUCAAUUUAUGCACAACCUGAGCUUGUCUCCAUCCAUGAAGGACCGCCGGGGUCCGCGUAACUCCUUCGGCACUUCGCUCCCUAUCCCCCGCUCCCCCCGCCUGUCCCGCCUCUCAUCUGCUCAGCGCGGUCGUCCUUCGGUCUCCCGGGAUAUUCUGGCCUCUCAGGUCCAGGAUAUUAACAAGGAGAAGACUGCCAAGGCCAAGAACAUGGCUUUCGCUUUCGACAUUGAUGGUGUACUGGCACACGGUAGCCACGCCAUUGAGGAGGCCAAGGUCGCCCUCAAGAUGCUCAACGCUGGGCAUCCGCAUCCCCACAUUCUCUUGACCAACGGUGGUGGUAAGACCGAGGAGGCUCGCUGUGCUCAGCUCUCCGAGAUCCUCGAGCAGCCCAUCUCCACCGACCAGUUCAUCCAGUCCCACACUCCCAUGCAGGCUUUGGCUGAGUACUAUGAGACCGUUCUGGUUCUUGGUGGUGAAGGCUUCAAGAUCCGCGAGGUUGCUGAGAACUACGGUUUCAAGACUGUCGUCCACCCCAAGGAUCUCCUCGCCUGGGACCCCUCCAUCUCUCCCUGGGCCACUCUCACCGACGCCGAGCGCGCCGAGGCCAAGCCCCGCGACUUCUCCCAGAUGAAGUUCGACGCCAUCAUGGUCUUCGCUGAUUCUCGUGACUACCAGACCGAUUUCCAGGUCAUUAUGGAUCUGCUGCUCGCCGAGGACGGCAAGCUCAUGACCAAGGCCAAGGAUCCCGUCGCCACCCGCAUUCCCAUCUACUUCUCCCAGGGUGAUCUUCUCAUGCCCACCGAGCACAAGGGUCUCCCCCGUCUCACCCAGGGUGCCUUCCGUAUCUCCGUUGAGGCUCAGUACAAGACUCUCACCGGUGUCGACCUUGAGCGUGUUGUCUACGGUAAGCCCGAGCGUGCUACCUACACCUACGCCGACGAGGUCAUGAAGGCCUGGAUGGAGGAGCUCCACGGCGUCGCCCGUCUGCCCGAUAACAUCUACAUGGUCGGUGACAAUCCCGCCUCCGAUAUCAUCGGUGGAAACAUGUACGGCUGGAACACUUGCUUGGUCCGCACUGGUGUCUUCCAGGGCAAGGAGGGCGAGAACGACCCCAACAGCCCUGCCAACUUCGGUGUCUUCAACAACGUCCUCGAGGCCGUCAAGGCUGCCAUUGCUAAGGAGCUUGGCGCCGACUUCAAGCUCAAGUGGGACCCCAAGGUCAACCCCGUCACUCACGGCGAGGGUGCCUCCGCCAUUGAGUAA